GCUCUGGAAUAAGACACUGGCAGCAGCAGCUACCCCCCCCCAUCUCCGCAGAGACAACAGCAGCCACCCGCCUUACUACCACUGCGGGACUAUCGGGCGUCUCUCCAGGGUCUUCCGCUAAACUGCAGGGAGUGAAGUUGGGAACCACAGCACUGGAGACACGUGUGUGACUCCCAGCUUCGAGUCUUGGUCGAAAUCUCUUUGUUCCCUUCAGUCAACUUGCAGUGAUCGGAAUGGAACUGCUUACAAAAUCGCCUGCUGAGCCGAUCAUCACUCAAAAAGGGAAUGCUGGAGAAAGCAACAGCCGAAUGAUGAAGCACCAUUCUCAAGAGCCAUCAACAUCCUCAUCUGAGGAAUCAAAAUAUGUGGAGAUUUAUGAUUUCCCUGGAGGGAGGGGAGAGAGUCCCCGAGCUCUAAAACUGACUUUGGCAGGGAAUGGAAGUAAAGUGGCCUUUAUCAAACCUAAAAAUGGACCUUAUGGGAUCAGUGAGGUUAACAGAUUGGCUAACAAUAUUCUGGCAGACAAAUCUGCAAAUGAAGCACCUCAGGAUUAUAAAUCUAAAAUGGAAGGCACUCCUUCCCCUGUGGGGAUGAAGGCUGAUGAGGUGGGGGGAAGCAUCACUCGCAACAGCUCAGAAGGGUCUGAGAACACUUUGUCCCCUAGUAUCUCCAACAUUCAGCUUUACACAAAUGGCUGCCCAGAAUCAUCCUCAUCCUCUUGUCCUUCGCCAGUACAAGAGACAGGCAGCUUUCCAAAAAUGGAUGACAUGGGAACGGAGGGGAAAACCUCCUCUUCUUCAUUUGGAUAUGAAAGUGAUGAGGACGAUGAUGCAGACUGCAAAGAAAUCUGUCUUAGUAACCAGAGAGGAGGGUGCAGGCGUGCUUCACAACUGAUGCACUCACAGCAAAGCUACACCAGUGAGAACAACUGUAACAAUAACGAUGAAGCACAUUAUAUUACAACCCAUGAAAUCCAGCUUAGCGAAGUGGACCAUGACAUGGACUUUGAUUAUGGGUUAGCCUCUCGGUGGGAUUUCGAGGACAACAACGUGAUUUAUUCCUUUGUGGAUUACGCUUCCUUUGGGAGUGACGAGACUCUUGCGGAUACCCAGACAGAAGAGGACAAUAGCUGUUAUCUCAGCACGACCACUAGUGAUCCCAAUAAUCGGACAGACAGUAUCGAUAAUACCAGCAGUAAAGAGAUAGUCAGCAUUAAUUCUGAAAAUGAUACCCCUAGCACAGACAAAUGCGCCAGCUCGGAAGAAAGUCAGUCCAAGAACCUCAGCAACAUGAGUGAGAAUUCGGCAGGCCAGAUACUCCUAUCAAUCAAACCUACUUCCAGGGCUAUAAAUGAGCCUAGCAACCAGCACGAAAAGCAAAACAUUAUUUAUGCUGCCAAGCAUGAAGGCGACAUGAGCCUCUGUGUCUCUACAGCUCAUGAACGAAAUUCAAGUUUGAAACAAGAUGUGUUUCAUGACUAUGCAAAAAAAUUUAUUGCAGUUCCUGCACGUUUGCAAACUAGGUGUGGAGCCAUAAGAGCAAGAGAAUUGGGAGGAUAUUCAAGCGGUGCCUCAAGCGUGGUAAGUGAGUUGGAUGAUGCAGAUAAAGAAGUAAGAAGCCUGACAGCAAGGGCAUUCCGCAGCUUAGCUUAUCCCUACUUUGAUACCUUGAACUUGAGCUCCAGUGAAUCCUCCACAUCUCUUUCGGAUCACACACUAGGAAUCAACCGGUGGUCAACUUACUUGGAUUUAAAGUGUGGCAGCCUUGGGCAGAAAGCAGAGCAAAAUCUUUUCAAAAGCAGCACCGCAUCUGCAGGAUGGAACAGAAGCACUGGGACAAAGACAUCCAGUGACCAGUUCUACAUUCACUCCAAUAAGUCACAGACUAAAGCAUUAGAGUUUGUUGUCAGCAAGCUUGAUGGGGAAAUAACGCAUGUUGAGACACCGCCUUGCUUUGAAAAACGGAUCCAGUCAGGCUCCCGGGUUGUUACUUUGUUGGAGACUCUGAAUUUUAGCAGCAAUAUAAAAGCGGGUGUCCCCAGACCUGCUAAACCUUCUGAAAAUGCUGCUGCUGGAUCAAGUUGCACAGAUGAAGUUACAGAAACACUGCCAAAGGAGCUGGGCAAUGAAACUUGCAAACAAACUGGGCUGGCUGCAGAAACCAUGGAAGGCACACAGAAUAAAUCAAAGUUUGCAUCUAGUCUCCUUAAAAAUGUUAUCUCAAAGAAAAUGCAACUGGAGCAUGAAUUCAAAAUGGAAAGGGGCGAACUCUCGGACACCACAUAUUCUGGUAUGUCCAAUUCCUUAUCUUCUAAAGAGGUAGAUGGUGCUUUCAAAGAAAAGUUAAGGGAUGGGGGUUUGCAGAGACAGAAUUCUAGAUAUUCAGAAGGCAGCUCUGAUUACACUAUUGUAACAGCAGAUGAUUUGGGGGAGUUUUUUGACAGCAAGUCCCCUACCUCCAAGCCAUCUACUCCCCGGGAGGGAAAUAUUAGCCUGGAUCGAUCCCUUUCUGAAACACUCUUAGAAGAGGCAUGUAAAAUAAAAGAGAGUGCUUCUGAAACUCUCAAGGCAACUUUUCUCCGCAGCCAGAACAGUGCAUUUAGAACAUGGAAAGAAAAAGAAGCAGAGAAAAAGGAGGAGAAAGCUCCUGUGGGAAAACUGAAAAAUUCCUCCAAAGGUGACUGGAAGGCUGAUUUGGGAGAAUUCUCAGCCAGCAAAUCAACUAAAAUGUCUCGUCUCUUUGUCCCAAAUAUUCAACAAACAACCAAAGAAAAGCAAUCCAGCACACAAGUGACAAAAUAUUCUACAGCAACCAACACAGCGGCUCAGACUGCCAUCGCUACCACAAUGAUAAAGCCCAAACCUCCUGAGAUCAAGAUCAGUUUGGGUAGCAUGCAGCAAAAUAAAGAUCACCCUUUCAAUAUUGCUAAGCUCCUCACACCCAAGCUAUCUGGAAGUGUCCCAAACUUUUUCAAGGCAGCUGAAGAUACCAGAGGCCAGCAGCAAAAACAAUUCAAAGGGGAAGGUACGGACAAAGUGCCUCAAUUCCUGGUACGCGAUGUAAGAGAAAACAAACACAAGGUGCAAGGGCCUAUCCAUCAGGUUACAGAUGUCAGGAAACUAAUUAAGAGUAGCUAUAGCCACGAGUCGGGGGAUAACAACAGUGACAGAGGCAGUGUCAACUCUGACCAGGGAACAUCUGAGCAGAAACCCAAGCGGCUGGUGACAGCAGGCAUUUCCAGGCCUCUGUCUCCCAUGGUGAUAACCUGUCAGGCAGUAAGCAACAGCAAGGAAGACAAGAGGGCCAGCAUGGUUUCAGAGACAGGGGCCAAAGCAAGUAGCGGGGGCAAGAUGCUGCCAUCCAGCCAAGAUGGGACAAUCCUGGUGCACAGGACCUCAGGGAGGCUGCCCGUAGCUACAAUUGCCCCUAACAAAAGCGACCCUCGCCAGCCUGCUGUGCUGAAGAUAGUGUCCAAAACAUCUGUGCCCUGGAGGCAGCAAGCACAGCCGCCACCACCGCCACCACCGCCCAUUCAACCCAUGCCAGUGGAGAAAAGCAGCAAGGUAAGCCCACUGGCGGUGGCUAGUGAAGAAGAAAUUCCACGAGAAGAGGUGGCCAAGGCACCCCUCACAGCGAACCACCAAGCUCUGGAGAAACUUACAGCGGCCGUCCGGAGCAUGGAGGAGCUCUACAGCUUCCACAAGAACGAGUGGAAGCGCAAGAGCGACCCGCUGCCCAUCACCGACAGCCAUGUCCUGUCCCUCAUCGCCAGCGAGGAAAGGACCACCGGGGGAGCCACAGCCACGGGAUCCAGGGACGAGUCCACGGCCGGCGACAAGGGAGAGGACCAGGAUGCCAGUCAGAGUGCGGCCUUGACGACUUCCCCCAGCAGCAUCGCCAGCAGCAGGGCUGCGCCCGAGCGUCAACCCCGCAGCCGGAAUGCCAACCCAACCAAGAACACAGAGAAGGUGUCAGCCAAGAUGGCGACCUUCGAAAGCUUGGCACAGGCUCGGGAGCGGGCACGCGGGCCAGGCUUCCAUGGGGAGGCCGCAGGGGGCACGGAGAGAGGCAGGGCCCCUGUGGCACCCCGCAACACCUUCACCUUCAAUGCCCAGGCCCAGAAGGCCAAGCAGCAGCAGCCUCAGCCAUCUCCUGAUCCGCCACCAAGAGGCCUGAAAGGCCAGGCCGGGCCUCGCUCCAUCAAGCUCUUUGGGGACAGGCAGGGGAGUCUCGUGGAGCCCGAUAGGGUCCCCAAGGUGGCGACUGCCGCGGCUCCUGACUGCGGGAACUACCUGGCCAUCCCUCUGAAGGCGUCGUCGACGGAGCAACCGGGGGCAGCCGCGUCAGGAGACCGAGGCUGCCGCCCGGGCCUACUGUCCGCGGCGGCGGCAGCGGCGGCCCUGUGCAGCCACCAGCCCUACAGCACCGGCAAGACCCAUGGGCAGGAGGCGGCCGAGCAACAGCAGCGAGGAGAGGCAGCCGCCCCGCAGCCUCAGGCCGCCCAUCCUCCGCAGCAGCCGCCUCAGUUCGAAGUGUCCCCCGCGCAGCUCUUCCCUCAGGCCUUGUCCUUCGCCGCUUUCUCGGGCGCUGCCCAGCCCGCACCUCUGCUGUGCUUCUCUCCGCCCGCGGCCGCCGAGCCUGCCGCUUUCCCGGCGCCUCAGACGCAACGCAAAGUGCUGCUGGACCUCAGCACCGGGCAGUGCUACGUGGUGGACGCUCCGUUGCAGCAGCAGCAGCCGCCUCAGAAGAGGCGCCUCUUCGACCCCGAGACCGGGCAGUACGUGGAGGUGCCCCUGCCGGCCCAGGCGCAACCUCCGGCCGUGGCCCCCAUGACCCUCCCAGUGUCCUCCCUGGCACUGGGCGCGGGGGGAGCCUACGGUGCCCCUGCCGCGGCCUACAUGAUCUACCCGGGCUUCUUGCCUGCGGUCUUGCCUGCCAGCGCCCUGCAGGGCCAGCUUGCCCAGCAGCCGGGCGGAGAGCUCGGUCCCACCAGCCCCGGGGCGGACAGCCCUUACUACAUGCCCACGGGCAAAGCUGCUCAGCAGCAGCAGCCACAGCAGCCACCACAGCAGCAGCAAGGGGUUCCUGGCGAGGGGAAGGCGCCGCUCAUCAGCAUCAACUCGCAGCCUCUGGGGCCCAGGAUCAUCGCGCCUCCUUCCUUCGACGGCACCACUAUGCGCUUCGUUGUGGAGCACCGGUGAUGGAGAGCCUGGCCAGGGAUGCUGCUGAUGCUGCCACAGGCACAAACAACGAGAAUUUCUUUCCCUUAAUCUGAAAACGACUUGGUAAUGCUAAGCUCUCAUUUAAGCUGCUUUUUCUCUUUGUCAUGUAUUUCUCAUGCAUUUUUUGUACAACACAAGUGUUGAUGAUGUUCAUGUUUGUAUAACACCUCCUCCCCCUGUUUUUUAACUGUGUGUAAAUUUAAUUAUGCAAGUGUGGGUGGGUGAGUUGUGGUAUUUUUGUAAACUGUCUAUAUAUAAUGCAAGGUAAUUGUUAUGCCUGCUAACACAUGUGGCUAACUACAUGUUACAUGCAAAUGCAUGUAAAUAAACAAUACGAGCCAUUUGCUUUUUAAUGAAAAGCAGCUUUGAAUGGAAAACAACAGAAUGCAGAAAGAAGGCAAGUGCUUAACCUGUUCCCUGACAUAACUGCAAAAACUGGACAUGGGAAGGGUUAGAUGCCCCUCCAUCAUCUGUGUUUCUUUUUAAAAAAAUUGAUUGUAAGGAAUUUGAUACACACAUUUGUGUGUAACAUGUAGUUUUCCUUAAGCUUUAACUUGAACUAUUUUUUCAGAAAAAGACAUGUAAAGAUGAUGUGAAGUCAUUUCAAACUUAGUUCUGUUUCUUCAAAGGUAUUAAAAGUUUGCAAGUAACAGCCAACACAUGUUGUUUCCCCUGAAAGAAUACACAAGUUGUAUUCUUGAAAUAAUCUUCAGUAGAAGCUGAGUUAGGACCUGGUUUACAUUAUAGGUAUGCACUUUGAUGAGCUUGGUUCAAUGCACUUAGGUUCCAGUUUAGCUAAAGCCAGUCAUGUCUGUGCCCCAGUGAAAACAUACAGGCCCAACCAGAGGCACCAGCUUGUGAGGCAGAUUGGGGGACCGUUGUUCCUUCAGGAGGUCAUGCAUGCAAUGACGUCGCAUCAGGAUGCGAUGUGCAAUGUUCCCACAUUGCGCUAGGUCGGAGGAGCUAGGAAUGUGGCAGCCACAUGACUUCAGUGGCUGGCAGCUCCUCCUCCUCCUGUUGUCACCGGCUGGAGGCUGCUUCCCCCUCCUUCCCCGCCACGGCAGGAGGAGGAGAAGGAGCUGGCCACUAAAGCCACGCUGCUGCCAUAUUCCUGGCUCCUCUGACCUCACCUAACAUUGGGGGGAUGCCCCCCAAACAAAUAUGGGGGGGGGUCAAAAGGGUUUAGUGUUCCUGAGCUGGAUUCAACUAACAGGUCCUGCUAGCAGAAGCCCACAAUAGGACUUGAGCUAGCACAGCAAAGCUUCCCCCACCUCUCCCCACCCCCUGAAUCUGCUAAGGGCAGACAGGAGGACCCAAAGAAUAGCACUCAGGGAAGGAAAGGGGAGAUCAUUCCAUCAGGCAAGCAGAAAUGUUUGCAUUGACAAAGGGAUCUCCUUGGAUUCCUCCUACUAAUUGCAAGACGAAGACUGCAAGCAUAAAAACACUCACCCAAGCGUAAGACCCAUUGAAUUCAAUUGGGUUUGCUUCAGAUUAUAUAUGGUUGGGGUUGCAUUGAUUUUAGCAGUAUGUGAAGCCCAAUCCUAUGCAUGUUUACUUUGAAGCAAAUUAAGUUAUUGGGGAUUAUUGCCAAAUACAUGUGAACAGGAUCACACUUUUAGUUAUGAUUUAGAUGGAUUGGGCCUUAAUCACUAAUUAUGUUUUUUCCAGACUCGGUUGUAAAAAUAACUGCAAAUACGCUUUGAUUGCUUUAUAAUUCAAAAUUUCCUGCUUUGUACUAUUUUGUGUGAUUUUAUAACAAGCCUUGACCACAUUAAAAAUAAGAUCAGAAAACUAGAAAAGGAAUGUACUUAAAUCUAGGGAUACUAAUUUUCUUUAGCAGGCUGGGUGCCUUUAAGAGUUUUGCAACAGACAGAAAUUCAACUGGUGAAGUUUACCCCAUCACUUAAUCUUCAUGUAGAAAAAAGUGGUAUUCUUGUUGAUAUUCUAGUCUUGUAUAUAGGUAUGCAAAAGGUGUUCACCUUUCAUUUUAAAGGUGAAGAUAACUUUUAUUUUCCCUUCUAUCCAAGUGUUUAAGCUAAACAUGUUUUUUGUGUUUGUGUUUUUGCAAAUGUAUGAAUUUUGGAGAUUCUCUUUAGAAAGUAUUUUAUGAAUGUUAACGUAACCUGCUGAUUUCUUGUCAGUGUCCUAUGCCAGUUACAUGUAUGUUUGGCAUCAAGCUAAAGCUCAAAGAUUUACCUCAAAGCUUUCUCAAGGGAGGAGAAUGAACACUUUAGUGAGCUUUUGAAAUAGAGAAAUGUUGUAGGAAGUUUACUUGAUGCAGGCACUGCAAUCUCAGCUACACUUAGGACCCACCCAGGAGAACUUAAGACGUUCCCUGGCCUGCCAUGAUUACUGGGCAUAUGUGCCAUUUAUAGCUGAGAGAGACAGAAUAUGCUCUGUCAGAUAUGCUAACCCUCUACCCAUCCCCCAAACAUACAGGCAUACCUUCCGUUCACUCUUUGUUGCAUUGAAAUCAAUACUUUUUGGACUAGAUCAAUUAGCUAGGGAUGAGGUGCUGCGUUUCUCUUGUGGGGAGAUUUGUCAUUUGCCUAUUGUGAUUUUAGUAGAUUUGCCACUGGAGUGAAUUUGGAUCUUCCUCCUCAGGUGAAACAUCCAAGGAAAGCAAAACACAGGAGUUUCUUUAAGCUGUUCUGCACAUCAUUUCACUAUCAUGGUAUAUUGCCUAAAGUGAAUUUGCAGACAUUACAGUGGUACCUCUGGUUAUGAACUUAAUUCAUUCUGGAGGUCCGUUCUUAACCUGAGGUACCAUUUUAGCUAAUGGGGCCUCCCGCUGCCACACCACCGCACGAUUUCUGUUCUCAUCCUGAGGUAAAGUUCUUAAACCGAGGUACUACUUCCGGGUUAGUGGAAUCUGUAACCCGAAGUGUUUGUAACCUGAGGUGUUUGUAACCCAAGGUGCCACUGUAUGAGGAAUUUCAAGGGAAGCCCAGAGUAGUUUCAAUACAGGAAUUGUAACAUUUCUCAGGGGAGAUUUCACACAUCCUAAGAUUUUAGUGAAGGCCAUGUGUGUUCACACAACAUUACCAGUCAGUUCAUUCGCUGCACCUGCAGUGAAGAUUUACUAGAAAGUGAAACUUGAAACACGCAAAGCCUGUGUAAGAAAAAGAUACUCAAUAGGCUGUACGUACAAUUCCAUUUCACGUUAUUGCUGUGCAGUAUUUUACGGUACAGAGCUUAAAGGAGAAGCAGAUCUUUUCUUGAAAAGGGGGUUGCUGCCUCAGUCUUAAUAAAUUGCCAAGGCAUGUCAAAACUAAGGGCAUGUCCCAUAACCGUGCCAUGCUAGGCUGAUAAAACCAGCAGCCAAGUCCCCCCAAAGACCAGACAUGCUUGCUGGGGCUUUGUGUAACUGAUGGGAGCAUUUGCAGCAGCUCCCAGCCCAAAUAAAUAAGCUAUAGUACUCUAAAGAUGGGUUCUAUUUUUUCACAUUGUUGGAGGGUUUUUUUUAUUUAUUGAACUAGUUAGUUUGAUGAGCUCAAAGGUACAUAUUUAUCAGGCCACGUUCCAUCACAAUGGGUUUAAGUGAGCAUCACAGUGGCUUUGAUUGUCGACUUGCUUUGAACGCUAAAUGUAAAACUUUUUGAUAGUAUAGGGAUAGACCAUUUGAUCUGUUGCAGUGUAAAAGUGUUUUCAUGCAAGCCAUUUACCCAAGACACCCCCUGACUUUAUUCAUAUUUCCUUCAACCACAACUAAGGAAGCUGAAUGAUUACAAGUGCCAGUUCCAAUUUAUGUAAGUGUAGGAGAGUCCUCUACUUACCUGCUCCAGAAAGUAUUCACCUCUAUGGCAUUAAUGGUGAAUGGAAAACCAGUUCACACAUGGCACCAACUGGAGGCUAAAAGGGCAAUCCACCUUCCUUUCAGUCUAUUUAAUCCAUUUCAAAAUGGGAUGCCUGCGCAGUCAGAGCUGCAUUAUCACCAUUCACAUGUGCUUACAAAUAGCAUGAGAGGGGCUCAACGAUAAUUUCUAUGGCAUGUGUGAAAAAGCUCUGAAAUCUUACAUCCUUAUUAAAUACUCUGCAAGCAUAUCUCUAAUUAGGGGUGAUUUAAUAUGUGCACUUCCCGUUUUCCUGUAUGAAGUGAAAUUAUACCAACCCCAUUUUUCGUAUGGUAUAAAUAAUGUUAUUUUUUCUAGCUUGGGGUUUGUUUUUUCAGUUUAAUGCUUCUUAACAUAAAAUGAAUUCAUUCAUUCUUUUCAAAAAAUCUAAUUCUGAAAGUAUUCUCUGCUAUUUUUCAAAGCCUGCAUAUGAUGCACAAAAGACUUGUAUGAUGUUUUCAGACUGCCGGACAGUAUGGAUACCACAGUAGCUCAGUCAUAUUCUCAUGCCCAUAAUAUUAGAACCCGUGUAAUCAGUGACAUAUUUCCUCUAUCUCGGUGCUCAUGGAAAUGUUUCUCUGUACAGUUUACAAGAUACGUGUUUGCACACAAACACACACCACAACCCUGCGCAGAGUUAGGCACACUUAAUUCUGUCUUGUAUUGUGGCCAGAAGCUCUCAGGGGUUAUAAUUUUGCCCAGUGUACUUGACAAUAAGAGUGGAACUGCAUGUGAUCAAAAACACGGGGCUACUGCCAAAAACACAGCAGCCCUUUGUCUGAUCCCCCUCCCCCUCCUCAGUAGCACAUGAUUCAAAUUACCUCAUGUCUUGACAUCAUUACACUGAGCAUUUUUGACCAAUCCUUCAUUUUUAGCUGGCAGUGUUGGGGAAACAGUAUAAUGACCCAAGACCACCAGGGAAGUGUUUCUGAUAAUACGUAGUUCUGCUGUUAUAAAAAGACCAGGCACUCUGUAUUUAGAUGUGUGUACAGAUUUUUAGUGCCUGUAAAAAAAACUUUUCUCAGGGCAAAUCUCCUCACUUGGCACAUUUCAGUCAUAAUAUCAGGUUAUGCUUAAUUUUUACUGUUAUAUACUAACUACACUUUUGUGAUUGUAGAGAGAACUUGAUUCUAUAAGAUUGCUGUGAGAUUUCCUGACAAUAUUCUGGAUAGGGUUGCCAGACACAACAGAGGACAGGACU